AUGGCGCACGUUGAGCUGAGCCGGCGAGACAUCAAUGUUCUCGAGAAGAUCAAAGACCCAGAAUUCGACCCGUCGCUCUUGGUCCAGGUCGAUCCCACCCUUCCGAAAGACCCCCACAUUUCGGACCCCGAUGAUUACCAAAAGGUAGCCCAGCAAGAACGCGAUAUCAUCAUGUCCAUCCAGAGGUUGGAGAUGCAGCAGGCGCAGAAGCGGUCCAGUGGGGCACCAGAUGCCGACAUUGCGGCGGGGUAUCGCGACUGCGUCUCCAAGCUCGGCCAGCUUAUCCAGGAUCAUCCGCGGUAUGCUAGCGCCCGCAACAACAGAGCACAGGCCUUGAGGCGGUUGUACGGAGAUUCGGUGCUUGUUGCGGGUGCGCCGGCAAAUUCGCCGGCGCUGCUUCAGGGUGUUGACGACACUGAGCGGCUAGAGGCGGGCAAGACGAUGUUGUGCGACCUCGACCAUGCCAUCUCCCUUCUCACGCCAAAAGUCGCAUAUUCCAGACUAUCCCCCCAGGCUGCGAGGGCAUUAUCCAACGCCCAUACCCAGCGCGCCGCCGUCUAUCUCAUGACCUCCAAACUUCUCGAUUCCAUGUCGGCUUCGGUAGACGCCGAGAGGCCAGAGGCAGGCUGGUCGAAGCUGGAUUUCGAGGAGCUCGCGUCGCGGGAUUUCGCCAUGGGCGGCAGAUACGGCAAUGAGAUUGCGAAGGGGUUGGCUGUAAGCACGAACCCGACGGCGAAGCUUUGCGGGCAGAUGGUGCGGGAGGCGAUGAAGAAGGAGUACGGGCCGGGUUUGGCAUGA